AUGCUCACCCAUCAACAUACCUAAUGAUGAAGAUGAUCAGUUGGUGAAGGUGAAAUAUAAGUUCAUUCAUCACCAACAUCAACUAACUUUACACUCAUCGGAUCAUCAAAACCAAGAAGAAGAAGACGAGGAGAAUUAUGGAGUGAGAUCAGAAUUGAUAUGUGAUGGAUGCAUCACUCCUAUAUCAACAUCAACUACCUUGGAAGUGGCAACAUUGCGACGUCUGUUGGUAUCGUAUGAACGGGUUGUUUUACGCUUGUGGAAAGUGCAACUUCAAAGUAGAUAUCGAGUGCGCUUGUAUGACGGAUACCAUACAUCACGCAGGUCACCCGCAGCAUCUCCUCGAGCAUGUGGCUCAGCCGGAUCUAAAAAGAGAUGCCAAGUCAUGGCGCUUCAUGUGCGCGGCCGGUUGUGGCUACGUCAUAGACAACGUUUGUUACAGGUGCUGCAACAACUCAUGUGAUUUCAUGGUGCACGUUAGAUGUGCUGUGUUGCCUGCAUCAGUCAGCAGCCUUAGAUGGGACGAGCGCCACCCGCUGAUGUUGACAUACGACGCGACUCUCAAUCGCCCUGGCGAUUUCUACUGCGAUCAAUGUGAAACGCGGAUGAAUCCCAAGAGGUGGAUGUAUCGCUGCCGCGCCUGCGAUCUCUCCUUCCAUCCUAGAUGCUUUAAAACUGUAUCCGGCUUAUGGAGACACAUGAAGUUGGGACAGAAAUAUGUGAACGAGGCAGCUCAUCGACACCGUCUCACAUAUCAACUUCUCACCAAAAAACGCCGUUGCGACAUUUGUGGUUGUAAUAAAUUUGAAUGUGAUGGAUUUUACUGUGCAUCGUGCAACUUCUUCAUAUGUCUCGACGACUGCGGGGCAAAAAUGAUCGGUGCUGGAGACAUGAAGGCCGUGGAUUAAUUGAGAGAAAUUAUUUAUUUCAGAUAUCAUAUGUUCAGUCCUGUCUAGAAUGAUGAUACACAUAUUCUACUAAUGUUGAUUUUGUUUUCCUCUU